CGGUUCUUCUUAAUUAGCGGAAAAUUACUUGGUGUGUGUGUUGGCAUAUGAAAUAGUGUGCUGUGCAAUGAGUACAGAUGAUUUAUUGGUGCGCCAUGAAAAAAGCGACGAUUCAACGUCAACAUCAACGUCGCCACCGACGCCAACGCCAACGCCUGUGUCCAGCUCCUCAUUGAGUCGCCUGCGUAACACAUUCCGCCGUACCGAAAGCAUCUCUAACCAUAUUAUUAACCAGAUAUCCACACAAUUCUCAAAUGCCGCUGCUGCAGCGGCUGCCUCAGAGAUUAUUGAUGGCACCACCACGUACCCUGAGAUGCCCCAAACUGUGACUACGGUCUCAAGCACACCAACAGCAAGUGCGCAGCCAAAGCGCAAAAAGCCCGCACGCGACACGGCCGAGAUUGAGCGCAGCAACUUGGUCAACAUCUGCAAGCUGGUGGUGAAGGAGCUGCUGGAGCAGUCUCUGCGCUAUGGCCGCAUGCUCGACUCGGACCAUUUGCCGCUGCAGCAUUUCUUUAUUGUCAUCGAGCAUGUGCUGGGCCAUGGCCUGCGACCCAAGAAGGGUCUGUUGGGGCCGCGCAAAGAGCUCUGGGAUCUGCUGCAAAGCGUCGAAAACUAUUGCCCCGAGGCGCAGGAUAUUACGGCCAGUGUUCGGGACUUGCCCACGGUGCGCACACACAUAGGACGGGCAAGGGCCUGGCUGCGCAUUGCCCUGAUGCAAAAGAAGCUAUCCGACUACCUGCAGGCGCUGAUCGAGCAUCGCGAGGACUCACUGAACGAAUACUACGAGCCGCACGCUCUGAUGAUGAGCGACGAGAUUGUUGUCAUAAUGGGCAUCUUGGUGGGCCUGAACGUCAUCGAUUGCAAUCUGUGCGUCAAGGAGGAGGAUCUCGAUUCGCAACAGGGCGUCAUUGACUUCUCGCUAUAUCUGCGCUCCAGCUCCCGCAACGCUGAGGCUAAUGAGGAAUCGAAUGCGCCAGUCGCUCAACUAGAUGCCGCCGGGCAGGGAAAUAUGAUUGCCGUGCUGGACCAGAAGAACUAUAUCGAGGAGCUCAAUCGGCAUUUGAACGCCACUGUGGGCAACCUGCAGGCCAAGGUGGAGUCCCUGACCACCACCAAUGCCCUGAUGAAGGAGGAUCUGGCCAUAGCGCGCAACAGUUUGCUCGCCCUGCAGGCCGAGAAUCAGGCCAUGCGUCAGUCGGCCAGCCAACAGGCGGCCCUAAGUCAGUCGGACAACAGCUCCACAGGCAGCGGCAGCGAUAAGGACAAAGACAAGGACAAGGACAAAGUAGAUGUCCUGAACACGCAGCUGACGGAGGAGCGCAAGCGCUGUGCCGAGCUGGAGAAGGAGCUCAAUCUGCAGAUCUCACUCAAGGCGGAAUCCGAUAUGGCCAUGAAGCUGCUGGAGAAGGACAUUCACGAGAAGCAGGACACGAUUGUCUCGCUGCGUCGUCAGCUGGACGACAUUAAGCAGAUCAAUCUGGAGAUGUAUCGCAAGCUGCAGGAUUGCAAUGCCUCGCUGACCCACAAAACGGAGCUAAUGAGCAAACUAGAGUGCCAAAAGGAAGAUAUGGCCAGCACAAUUGAGCAACUAGAGAAAAAAUGGACGAAUGAUAAGAGCAACUUGGGCGAGAUAUUGAAGAACACCUCUCAGACGCUGUCCACGCAGGUGAGCGCUUGCGAGGAACGUGCGGCACGGGCAGAGGCUGAGACGCGCAUUGAGCGGGAGUGGCGCGUGUCGUUGCAGGAGAAGGAGCUGAAGCUGAAGGAGAAGAUAGCGACGCUGCAGAUGUGCGUGAAGGAGCUCGAUGAGGAGAGGCAGAAGAACGAGAAGCUGAAGCUGGACUUGGAGAAGGUGCGCGGCCAAUGGUCGGAGGCGCAGACAACGCUCGAGGAGCUGGGCAUACAGCUGAGCGUUAGCAAGCUGAAGAUCUCCGAGUUUCAGGACAACGAGCGACGUCAGCUGCGGCAACAGCAGCAGCUGCUCUCUGGCUCGUCGCAGUCGUUGCAGCAGACGCUGCCCGAGAAUCCAGUCAGCUCACCGGGCAUAUGGGCGCCCGAUUCCAUUGCCACUCACUGCACGGCCUGCACCAGGGAGUUCAAUUUGACGCGCCGGAAGCAUCAUUGUCGCAGCUGUGGCGAGAUCUUCUGCAAGGCCUGCUCCGAGCAUACCCUGCCUUUGCUCAACGCACAGGGUCAGCCCGGCCGGCCGGUGCGUGUGUGCAAUGCGUGCUAUGCGGCUACCUCUGGCAAAUGAUCCACAUCGAAGCUCAU